AUGGAUCCUGGGGGAUUCUAUGGAUCCUGGUGGAAUCUACGGCUCCUGGUGGAUUCUAGAAUCCAUCAGGAGCCACCAGGAGCCGCUUUUUCCCCCUUGGAUAAAGACGUAGCUUCACUUUUCAUUGAUCCAUCAAUUGAUCAAUUCAAUAUUCUAAUGGUCUUCAAUUUUUCUAAACCAUGUUCAACAGCUAUUGUUCUUUAUGAACUUUCUCAUGAUGUUCCUUCUAUUUCAUACUAUGAAGAUGAAAAAGAGGUACUUAUUCUUCCUGAAACAUAUUUCUAUGUGACAAACAUUGAAGAACAUGGUAACAGUGGAUAUCGAACUAUCUACAUGGAACUUUUCAAUAAAGACGAAGAGGAAGCUGAAAUUGCUCAAGAUAGAUGCAAAAGUUUCAUGGGCUCUAUUUUGGAUUAG